AGAGUGGGCGGGGCCAGCGGUGUCAACCAGCCGCUUCCUCGUCGUCUCCCUCUCGCUCCGUCCAGCCGCACCGAGGACCUCGGUCUCCGGGUUUAAAUGGCCGGCGUCGCCCUGAAGCUGUCCGCUGCCUGGCGCUCCGUGCAGCUCAGAAGGUUCUCCAGCGUCCCCGGUCUGAAGUUCCACACCUCGGCCUCCCCUCUGAUGGGUGCCACGGUGGAGCAGUUCGAGCGGGCCAAGAGCCACCUGUCCUCGCUGAAGGAGGACCCGGGCAACGAGGCCAAGCUGAGGAUCUACGCUCUGUUCAAACAGGCCACUCGGGGUCCGUGCGACACCCCCAAACCCGGCAUGCUGGACUUCGUCAACAAGGUGAAGUGGGACGCGUGGAAGUCUCUGGGCUCCGUAUCUCAGGAUGAAGCCCGGCAGCAGUACUGCGACCUGAUUGGCUCCCUGGUGGCGGCAGAAGGUGGGAGCUCCGCCCAGGAGGCCACAAAGCCUGCUGGGAGUGGGACGACGUACGAGACGCUAUUGGUCACCACGGAGGAACACAUCACCACCAUCACCCUGAACCGGCCGGCCAAGAAGAACGCCAUCACGACUGAGAUGUACAACGACAUCAUUGCAGCUCUGGACCAGGCAGCGAAGGACGACUCAGUCAUCACCGUUUUUACUGGCGCAGGUGAUUUCUACUGCAGCGGGAACGACCUGUCCAACUUCACCAACAUUCCCGAGGGAGGGGUGGAGGAGUUGGCCCGGCGGGGAGGAGACCUGCUCAGGAAGUACGUGAAGGCCUACAUUGACUUCCCGAAGCCGCUGGUUGCCGUGGUGAACGGACCGGCUGUGGGAAUCUCUGUCACGGUGUUGGGGCUGUUUGACCUGGUGUACGCUACCGACCGGGCCUCCUUCCACACUCCCUUCAGUCAGCUGGGUCAGAGUGCAGAGGGCUGCUCCUCCUACACCUUCCCCAAGAUAAUGGGCCCCGCCAAGGCCAGUGAGAUGCUGCUGUUCAACAAGAAGCUGUCGGCGCUUCAGGCCUGUGAACUCGGUCUGGUGACGGAGGUUUUCCCCGACAGCAGCUUCCAGUCGGAGGUUUGGACCAAACUGAAGGCCUACGCCAAGCUGCCCCCCAACUCCCUGUCCUUGUCCAAACAGCUGAUCCGGUCUCAGGAGAAGGACCGUCUCCACUCGGUGAACGAUGCUGAAGUCGAGCUUCUGACGGAGCGAUGGAAGUCAGACGAGUGUUUCAACGCCGUCAUGAGUUUCUUCCAGGCCAAGGCCAAGCUGUGAGACAGGCGUGUGUGAGACAGGCGUGUGUGAGACAGGCGUGUGUGAGACAGGCGUGUCUCAUUAGAAAUGAAGACAUGACGAUAGCUAAAGUGCCUUCAACACUUUGUAAAUCCUUUACGAGAUUAAACUAUUAAUUCAAAGUUG